CUCACUAGUCUUAGAAGGGCAUUUGUGGUACUCACGGAGUCACGGAUUUGUGCUGGACACUGGACAACUUUAGUUGACACCAAGGAAAAAUGUGAAGUGCUGCGUGAUGCUUUCGAACAUUUCUUUGGUGUAAAAGUGAGUCUAUAGAGGGAAACCGAAGUAACUGGUGAUCAAAAUCUAAUUUGCCUGUGAGGAAAAGAAUAUUCAAUCAGAAGAAUUUGCAUUUAGAAUCCCGUCCAGCUGACUUUGGGACAAUCAUCAACUCGGCUUCUUCAAUGGAAACCCUCGACUGUCCAGUGUGUGCGGAAAAAUACGAUACAGGCCAAAGGACCCCAAAAAUCAUGGCCUGUCUCCACACAGUCUGUCUCUCCUGCCUGAUCAGCCUUAAUACCUAUUCCCAAGCCCCGCCAAGAGUCAGACACAGCAUUGCCAUCCCCUCAGUGUCAUAUGCAGGUAAACCUCAUAUGAAGAUAAACACUCCCAGUUCUAAAGUCAUCGCCAAUAUUGCCAGCAUCAUACAGGCCAAUCCACCCCCGCCUUUGCAACGCUUCACAGAUGCUGAAACCGAGAGCAGUGAUGGUUCUCCUCCGGCCCUGCCGAAACGGAACACCACCAGGGUUGGGCCGCCCUUGAAGCCAAAACCGGAAGAGUUGCGGCCAAGAUCAGAGCCUUCCAUUCCGAAAUGUACCCUCCAGUGCCCAGUCUGUCUUACCAUUAUGGAAUCAACGUCUCUGCAAACGAACGGAAAUGUUCUCGCCCAUUUAAGCAUUCUGGAACGUCUGGGUGGUAAUAUGAAAAACCUGGCUUCACCAGUGCCCGCGGAGAGGGUAUCCUUAAAGAAGCAACCAGAUGAAGGAGCCAUUGACGUUCCAGGUUCCUCGAACAACGAGGAAGACAACGACAAAAGAAAUUCUUUCGUCCCAGAAAAUUUCUGGUGUUUUACUUGCGCCAAACCGUGUUUGGAAGACUGCGCCAACCACCAACAUCAGUCAUUGAAAGAGUACGUGGAGAGAGCAACUUCAAAUCUAAGUGACACCCUCAAUGGAGUUCAUAAGAGACUGGCAGAACAAAAAAAGAACCACGAGAAAACGGACGAAGCUUUCAAGGUGGUUUUUCGAGCUCUUAAUAAGGCAUCUAGGCACUUAUGGAAGCGAGGCGAAAAUUCCAAGGGCAUCAACGAAAGCCUCCUUGCCCUGAAAGCUUGCCUUCUCCGCGAGGAGGCUUCGACACCUCAGCGAGCGCUGGAUCUCACAGCCAAGGUCCAGAACCUUAGGGAACUGGAUGAGACACUCUCGUCUCUCGAGAACGGAACAGACAGCGAAGAGAUUUACGUCUUCCAUCAAAAUAACAAGCUCUUCAUUUCCACCAGAGAACCUGACCAAACCAUUGUCAUUACAAUCAAUGAUUCAUCAGAGUCUGUGGAUGAAAAAUAGUGUUCGUCAUUCUGUGACUUUCCUAGACAAGAAAACGGGCAACCGAACGGUCUUUUUGGGUCCAAGCUCCAAGAGCAUAAAAGUUGUAGGGAAGGGAGGAGGACGGAAUGUUAGCAACUGAGUACAAUUUUGAGGUAGAAGGGAAACAGCAAUCUCGUCUUCGUAAAGGGGGAAAGUAGCAGCUCUCCCUAGUAAUCAAAUUUAGCCAGUGAUAUUUAUGGCCAUAAUGUUCAGCUCCAAAUCACCUAGUUUUGUGGUACAAGGGUGUCAACUAUUGUGUAUAGCAGUCUAUUUCUAUUUUUCCAAAAAUUGUAUGAUUAUCUUUUGUGCUUAAUAUAUGGUUCAACAGGGAUAAUGGGCUUAUCAAAUGCUACUGGUUAACCUGUGGGACUUAUAAUUGUUUUCCAGUAAAACUCUCUGCGAAGAAGUCUUUUAAUCAGGAUAAUUUUGCAGAGGCAGGUCAACAAUGAUGGAUCACAGAUGAUGUAACUAGGAUACUGAAAUCUUCUCUAGCCCAACCAAUAAGAGAGAAUGUGAAAUCCAUGGAGAGGUUUAGGCAGGACCCACUAAGACAUUAGGUUAUGUUGCAAGGACCAGACAGUAAGACAGGUAGCUGAGUACUGAUAAUUCAUGAAUAUCUAUGGGUACAAUUGUUGUUCAUACAUGAAUUACAUAUUGGUAGAAAGGCCAGAGAAUUCUACACAAUAUGGAAUAUGUUAGAAUUCGACAUCUUGUUAUAGUUAAAUGAAAUUAGUGAAAGGACGAUGUCCUUACAAAUACUCACCCCCCAAAAGACAAUUAUUAUGGAAUAAUGAUUGGAUGAAAAAUAUCUUGGAGGCGGGAGGCGACCCCUUGUCCUUGUGACACUUUUGGGGUGUCACUGAAUGUCGAGUCUUUCGGCGUUGUUGGUAGACUGGAUGCUUCCCCUGGCGGUUGCCUAGGGGGUUCUACUGUUGACUGAGGGCGACCAACACUGCAGAGGGAGCUGCAUUGUGUGUGGUGGCGGCAUGGGACAGGCCGUUGGGACCCCUAGGUGCGGCGGCAGCAUAAUAGGUUGGGCUAAGGAAGUCCCCAGCGUGGCAGAGGAGUCCAGCAGACAGAGCGGAACUACAGGUGAGGCAGUGGCGUCAAGGAGACCCACAGGUGCGGCAGCGGUGUCAGUGGGGACUGCAUGCAGUGGCGUUGGAAGGGUGAGCAGGUCCACAGGUGUGGAGAGCGACAUCACGUGGGCCGAGUGAGCCCCAGGAGCAACGGCAGCAUUGUUUCCAUUUGUAUCCUUUUUUUCAGCGACGUCGGCGGGGAGGGGGGCGGGCAAGUAUGCAGUGUUGCCAAUUUAGCUCAUUUUGCGCCAGAUCUAGAGUAUUGGUUCCCAAUCUAGUGCAUAAAAAUCGUCUUUAGUGCCUAGUGCAAAAUCUAGAGUAUUCAUCGGACAGGUUUAGUGCAUUCUAGUGCAUAUACCAGAUUGUCACAAUAUUUCCAUUUUUCAGACAAACAUAAACUUGAUAAAGUGGGAAAAUAAAACAAAUACAAUUAGUUUCUGGGGUGUAUUCAAAUUCAAAUAUUAAGAUGGGUAUGGUUCCAACCCAUUCAAAGAGCUAGCUGACUUUGCAGUGAAAGUCUUAAUAUUACCUCAUUCCAAGUGCUGACGUGGAACAUAUUUUCCAGUCAGGCUAAUCAUAACAAAAUCUAAAUUGAGACAAAAUGGGACUAGAUAUGGUGGAUUCUCAAGCGUCCUCAGAAAUGUUGCCAUGAUGACGGUUUUCCAGCCAAGACCCUUCAGAAGAUUGGAACUUUGUAAUCAUACAAGAAACAAGCACAUCAGUCCACAAGCUGCUCCCAUUGAUGCUCCAGUGCCGUCUUGCUCAUAUGAAGUUAUUGAAAAUGACAUUGAUGAUGUUGAAGCAAUUGAAUUUAGUGACCACAGUGACAGCGAUGUAUGAUGUUUCCAUCUCCUUAUAACUGCCAAAGUUUAUGUAAAUCCAACAAAUUGAAUCGAUUGUGUCAGUCAAUUGUAUUAUUAGUGAUCAUCGUUCACUUAAUUUGGACAUUUAUUAAUAUGUACUUGAAAAAAUCAAAUUUAUUGUUUUCCUUUCUUGUAUUAUUAUUAUUUGCAAACCAUUCAUUUGAAAUUAUCCAAUACUAUUAUGCUGAUAAUACCAUAUUUGAAAUAAUUCAAAUAUAUUGUUUUUCUUGCAUUAUUAUGCUUACCAUUUAUUUGAUAUUAUCCAAUUGAUUAUAUCUAUAUUAGCUAUAACUUACAUCAUGUUGAUAAUCCUGUACUUGAAUUAUCAAAAUAUGUUUUAAACACAGAUGCACAAACCUGCUGUUUACCAUUUAUGUGAAUUUUAAUGAUUAUCAUCUACUUAUGCCAAAAUUAACAUAAAUCUUAUUAAAUCAGCUGUUUUUUUACUUAAAUUAUUGUUACUAUCAUGUGAAUUUUCCAAAUGAUAAUCAAAUCCAGUUGCUAUAUUUCAUUAAAAU